AAUUAAAGUGAAAUUAAUAUGAAUUUGUAUUACAAAACAAAAUAUUAGGUGUAAAUUGAUUAAAAUUUUUGUAAAUAUUGUAAAAAUGGAGUCUUUAUUUAGUAAUUGUUUUCAAUCAUUCAAAGCAACAAAGGAGAAGAAGUUGGGUGUAGUGUCGGGUGAGCUGUCGGUGCGGCCGAAGCAGGUGAUGAUCCACCACCCGGGACAGACCAAAGCAAAGCCGGCCACCAGGAAGAAGCACUCCCUUCAGGCCGAUCUGGACGUGGAGAAGGAGUUCCAGCGGUGCAGAGACGAGGGCUCCACACGACUCGAUCUGACGAAGUGCUCGCUCACAACACUUCCCGCUUCCGUCAAAGAGUUGACACAUUUGGUUGAGUUUUAUUUAUAUCAAAACAAAUUAGUGACUCUUCCGCGAGAGAUCGGAAACUUAGUUGAGUUGCAAAUGUUAGCCGUAAACGAGAACUCGUUGACCAGUUUGCCCGACUCUUUGGCCAAUCUUAAAGUGCUUAAAGUACUUGAUCUCAGACACAACAAACUCAAUGAGAUUCCUGAUGUGGUCUAUAAACUCACUUCUCUCACAACACUUCACCUCCGCUUCAAUCGUAUCAAAAUAGUCGGCGAAAACAUCUCUCAUUUAACGAACCUAACAAUGCUUAGUCUUAGGGAAAACAAGAUUAAGGAACUGCCGGGUGGUGUGGGACGGCUCACACAACUGGUCACUCUCGACGCUUCCAACAACCAUUUAGAGCAUCUGCCAAACGAAAUCGGAAAUUGUAUACAAUUGACGACAUUAGAUGUCCAGCACAAUGAACUCGUAGAUAUUCCCGAAACUAUAGGACAAUUGGUCAGUUUGACGAGACUUGGCCUCAGAUACAACCGAUUGAUGUCAAUCCCGAAGUCAUUAAGCAAUUGCAUCAAUUUGACUGAAUUCAAUGUGGAGAACAACUCCCUGUGCCAACUGCCAGAGGGUCUGCUAUCUAGUCUGUCCAAUCUAACUACACUUACACUCUCCAGAAAUCAAUUCACAUCAUAUCCAGUGGGCGGGCCCUCCCAGUUCUGUAAUGUUUAUUCAAUAAAUAUGGAACACAAUAAGAUCAACAAAGUGCCGUUCGGUAUCUUUUCGCGGGCCCGCAAUCUGACCAAGCUUAAUAUGAAAGACAAUCAGUUAACGUCUCUACCCCUGGACAUCGGCACCUGGACUAAUAUGGUUGAACUCAAUCUGGGAACCAAUCAGUUGACUAAAAUUCCUGAAGACAUUCAGCACUUAGAGAACCUCGAAGUCCUAAUCUUAAGUAAUAACAAUUUACGACGACUGCCCCCAACUGUCGGCAAUCUCCGCAAACUUCGAAUUCUAGACUUAGAGGAAAACAAAUUAGAAGCCCUUCCCAACGAAAUAGGAUUUUUAAGAGAGCUCCAGAAGCUGAUCGUCCAAAGCAACCAAUUGCAAGCCCUUCCCCGAGCGAUCGGACAUUUAGCUAAACUCACGUAUUUAAGUGUCGGUGAAAACAAUUUAAGUUCAAUUCCUGAAGAGAUCGGCACUUUAGAAAGUCUGGAGUCACUAUACAUAAACGACAACCAGAACCUGCAUAGCCUUCCGUUCGAGUUAGCCCUGUGCGCGAACCUACAGAUAAUGUCUAUAGAGAACUGUCCGUUAUCUCAAAUCCCAACCGAUAUCGUGAACGGCGGCCCAUCUCUUGUCAUACAAUACCUGAAAAUGAAAGGCCCGUAUCGGACGAUGUGAUGACUCUUUUUAUGUUUUAUGAAAACAUUAUUUAAAUCGCAAAAUGUUUCAACGUUUUGAUCAAACAAUUAGUGAAAAUUGAAAACUGAAUUUUUGAUAAAAAGUAAUUUAUUGGGGUUUUGGUGCUCACGAAACACUGAAAAUAGAUUUCAUUGAAAAUUAAUGCCAACUAUUGGUUGAAUGGAAUCUGAGUCCAAGCGAUCCGUUGACUGAUUGAAUGGAAAGGCGUUAUUCUAAUCAAUAUUUUGAUGAAUUGUUCGCUUCUCGAAAUCUGUCUAAACCUCUAAACCACUCAUUGUUUAUACAAACCAUUCAAACCAUUUGUUCGUUGAAUUUGUUUUCUAAUUAUAAGUGAAUUCCGAUUGUAAUGAUAAACACAGUAUUUAUGCCAUAAACCAAUCAUCAAAAACAUACAUCAUGUCAACUCUCAUUCAAUAUAUAUAUAUAUUAAGGUUUCAGCAAAGAAAUCAUUUUUUAAUAUUUUACGAAAUUA